CUUGAGGUGGGGGCAGCGUGUAGAGCCCCCUGGCUGCCCCUACGCAUAAGAGCCGGAGCGGGGACAGGCCGCUGGUUCCAGGAGCCGCAAGGAGCCAUGGCACACGUGGAGCGGGGCAAGCCCCACACCCUGCUCCCUGGCAGAAGCUCAAGUGCUAGAUUAAAACAUCUGAAGGGGGAGGCUCCAGGCCGUAGUUUGCCCACCCCUGAUCUAGUCUGACCCCCUGCACAUUGCAGGCCACAGAACCUCACCAACCCACUCCUGAAAUAGACCCCUAACCUCUUGAAGUCCUCAAAUCAUGGUUUAAAGACUUAAAGUCACAGAGAAUCCACCAUUUACAGACAUAUUUGUGGGAACUUUAUUUCACCCCAGUCAGAACAGAAGACAAGAGCUAUGGGUCUCUGGCUUGUUACUUCCAAAACAACAUGUUCUACUACUAAAUGACCAGCCGACACAGCUGAAAGCUUGUCUGCCACAUCACUGCUGUUGGAGUCAGUGCUUCACCUUGGCCUGAAGCACCAAGCAGCUAGAAACAGCCAGCUUGGAGAGUGCGAAGCCAGCUCUUGCUGCUGUAUUUCACUCCUUGCUGCCUGACACCCUGCUGUAAAGUGGGGCACGUGGCACACUACUGUGCAGCUGGGCACAUGCAGGAGCUCUUUGAUCUUAGUUGGGCCUGCUGCCCUGCCAUGUUUUCUCUUUAAAUACCAGUUUCCUGUUCUCAAAAAUCCUCUUCCUGCCAAGAGUGGCACCAAGCAGAGGGAAUAAAACCAAAAUAUAGUGGGGCAAGCUCCUGCCUGCAGACAGAAGGUGGAGAGGCUUAGAGAACCACACGGCCUGCUUCUAGCGGAGAAGAGUCGACCACGAAACGAUGGCUGGAAGCUGAAGCUGGACAAAUUCAAAUUAGACAGUAGGCCGACGGUCCCAACAGUGAGGGGACAGAGCACGGGAAAAAACAACCCAGGAAGUGGGGGAUUCCCAUCACCUCUCUGGAAGAUGCCUUAGUCAAACACAAGUUACUGGACUCAUGCCAGAUGUGAGGUCAGCCCCAAGUGGCAGCUUGCCCGGCCUCUGGGGUAACUUGGCAACCUGUGCUCUACAGGAGGUCAGACUCAGUGAUCCCUUCUGGCCUGAGACACUGUGAAAUCACAAUAGCACUCAGCAGCCCCAGCUGAGAUCAGGGCUCCAUUAUGCUGCACUAAUCCAUUGCGAGAACCAGCCCCUACCUCAGUGAAACAAAAUAGACAAAAGCUGGGAGAAAGGAAGGAUUCUUAUCCCCAUUUUACAGAUGGGAAACUGAGACCCAGAGAGACUCAGGGUCAGAUUUUGAGGUGCCUAAAGAGGCAGGUGAGCACCUGUCUACAUCUUUAGGUGCCUACAUCUCUUUGUAAGUCUGCACUCAGUGGCUUGCCCAGGUCAUGGAAGGAGCCUGUUGCAGAGCUGGGAAAGGAUCCAGGCCAGUACCUUGACCACCUAUUCUCUCAAUCAGUCCCUUGUGUUCAGCGUAUCUCAGAGAGCCAGACAAUCCCUCAUCCUACAAGGUCAGGGCUCCCAUGGGGAGUUAGGGGUUAAUGCAGCUCAGGCACUUCUGGCUUCCUCUGCCCCCUUUGCGGGGAGGAAUGAGGCCGGCAGGCCUGCAUGGGGAGCAGCACCUCGCCCAUUCAUGCUGUUCAUCUGCCCAUCCCCUAGGCCGCCAGCUCUCCUCUACACCGCUGGAAAUCCUGCUCUUCCUCAAUGGAUGGUAUUAUGCCACUUACUUCCUCCUGGAGAUCUUCAUAUUCGUCUAUAAAGGGCUGCUGUUACCAUACCCCUCUGCCAACCUGGCCCUGGAUCUGGUCAUGCUCUUCCUCUACCUCGGCAUUGAAGUCACUCGGAUAUUUUUUGGCUCCAAGGGGAACCUAUGCCAGCGGAAGGUGCCGCUCUCCAUCAGUCUGGCCUUGACAUUCCCGGCGGCAGUGAUGGCGGCCUAUUAUCUGCUGCUGCAGACCUACGCCCUGCGGCUGGAGGCCAUCCUCAAUGCCAUCCUGCUGCUCUUCUACGCUGUCGAGCUUCUCCUGGGCAUCCUCACCCUGGCCUCCUUCUCCAGGGUGGAUUCAUACUAAGGCUCCCUCCAGGCUGUUCCGGGCCAGACAAGGCGACGUGUUGCCCCAGCGCCUGGGACCGAGGCCACACAUUCCCUCCCUCCACGGCUGGUCUGAUGGCUGCGUCUCAGCCCCUCGGAGCACAGGUAGACCCAGCCACAGUCUCGUUCCACAUCAGCCGCUUCUGGGCAGGAAGCCACCACUGGAAGCCCAGCGACUUGGAGAGAGACUUUAACUCGCAUCCCACUCCUGGCGCCUCAUGAAGCAGCCAUUCCGUGUGCCCAGGCAUCACUCACCCGCUGCAGGCACCGCCCUCCCCUACCUGCCUGGCAGUCGGGGGGGAAGAGGGGGUGAGGCUGCUGGGAGCUGUCAUGGAUUCCAUUCCAGCCCCUACAACCAGGGCUUAGAGUUUGUCCGAGCCCACACACACAAGGCCAGGUGGCCCCUGGCCCAGACCACACCCCCAUGGAUCAUGCCUGCACCUUCUGUGUCCUCCCAUUUCAGCACAGGGGCAGACACCCAGGGCCCCCCCCUAAGUAUUAAUAAGCUCCUGUCUAUCGCAUGUGUGACUGAUUGGGAGGUGCUUCCACCCGCUCCCCCAGAUUCAGUGUUAUUUGCUGUAGCAGUGACUCGUUGCACUUUCCCCCCUCCUCUGGCAUCCUCCGAAUCAAUACUAUUUUCCGAUAAAUAUUUAUUUUUCUGCUA